AUGUCUGCAUCUGCCGAUGUGCUGGCCCAGGCCAAAGUGGAAAUCGACUUGGCCUCCAUCCCCGAGGGCAAAAAUGUCAUCAUCAAAUGGAGAGGAAAGCCAGUCUUUAUCCGUCACCGCACUGAAGACGAGAUCAAGGAGGCUGAAUCUGUUGACCUCUCAAUCCUCCGUGACCCUGAGAAAGACGCCGACCGGGUCAAGAAACCCGAGUGGCUUGUCAUGUUGGGUGUCUGUACACAUCUGGGAUGCGUCCCCAUCGGCGAAGCUGGCGAUUUUGGUGGCUGGUUCUGUCCUUGCCACGGUUCGCAUUACGAUAUUUCGGGACGAAUCAGGAAAGGACCUGCGCCAUUGAACCUGGAGAUACCUGAAUAUGAUUUCCCUGAGGAGGACAAAUUGAUCAUUGGUUAG